UACUCACACAUAAAACGCGUGCUGUCAAAUUGUGAAGAUUUUGCUCGCCCAGCUGUGUUCCAAACAAUUCCUUUUAUGAUAGUAUUAUUGGUGCAAAAAAAAGCGUUGUAAAGCCCUAAAAUAGUUCCCUUUUCUUGCUAGGUGUGAUAAUGUUCAGCAGGAAUCGAAUUAGUUGAUCAUGUCAACUCGGAUGUACCACGAAACGAAUUCCCUUGCUUGACCGUGGUAGCCGGCUGUGCGAACAAAAAAUCCCCUUUGCCAGAGCGCUCCAUCCGUUCGCGAUCGCUGGUGUCCCUCCCUACUGCCCCUCUGAAAAUGAGCGAUACACUGCCUGAAAUGGACCGGGAGGAGGUGAUGGCCCGCCACCGGAAGGAAAAGAAGGAACUGCAAUGCAAAAUACAAUCGAUGAAGAAGAUGAAGGUGGACAAAAAGAAAAAGAAGGAAAUCCAGGAGGAGAUUGCGAAUCUGGAGCUGGAAAUUGAGCAACGGCACGCGGAAGAGCUAAACCGUCUAAAUCUAUCGGACGCAACCGAACCAUCAUCCAACCAGCCGGCCACCAGUAACGGUGAGCCAGUGGAAGAAUCUAAUGCCGACGUUUCUGAAAAGGAAGAACCUCGCCUCUCGAAGGCACAACGCCGUAGGGACAAAAAAGCGCAGGACAAUCGGGAACGUGAUGCCCAGAUUAAGGAGGAGCAAGCGUUGUUGCAGAAAAGCUCACCCCGCAUCUUGGAAAACAAUCGUAUCAAUGAAAUUCUCAUCAAACGUGGCAUGCUUGGCUAUUCGGUGCCGGCUGACGGGGAUUGUCUGUAUAAUGCAAUCAACCACCAGCUCACCCAGCUAGGGAUCGGGUCGUACAGUGUGCCGGAGCUGCGCAGUAUGGCGGCGGACUAUAUAGAAGCUAACCGGGACGUAAUGAUCUGCUACAUGAGCAAUCCGGACACGGGAGAUAUGCUCAGUGCGGAAGAGUUCGACAAGUACUGUCACCAGGUACGGGUCACAAAGGCAUGGGGUGGUGAGAUCGAGAUUAAAGCCCUAUCGACCAGUCUCAAGUGUCCCAUCGAGGUUAUACAGGCUACCGGUCCGGCAACCGUCCAUGGGGAGGAGGAGAGUGCCGAUCGGAAGCUGAUCCUAACGUACCAUCGGCACAUGUAUCGGCUAGGGGAGCAUUACAAUUCCACGAAACCGAUGCCACCACAAUCGGUCGAAGAGGAGAAUGAUUAGGCUGGACGCUGGUAGCUUGAUGAAAUACAUAGUAAAUGUGUCUAUCCAAUGAG